AUGACCUGCUUCAUUCAAGGGCAGGGGAAAAAUGCUGUCCUUCCAGAGCUUCCCUGGACACGAUUCUCCCUCAUAGGGAGCUAUGAGCUUUUUCUGAAAACAGACCCAAUUCCAUGGGAGGGGCCCUGAGCCCUGAAUUCCUUUGAAUCUCUGUCCCGGGAACAGGGACAUCUAAUCAAUGCCUCACACACAGCCUGGAGAGCUCUCAGCCCAGCCAGCCCGCCUACAACGUCCCUUGGACAAAGAAUAUUGAAAAAUUCAUAUGGCAUGAAAGGAUGACAGACUCGGGAGGGCCCCAGAGGCACACCCUCCGUUUUCUAUCUACGUUGCUUUCCCAGAAGGUUCCUGAGAAGUCAGACACCGUGCUCCGCUGCAUCAUAUCUGGUCAGCCCAAGCCAGAGGUAACUUGGUAUAAAAAUGGACAGGUCAUGGACGAGUGUGGCAUGGCUUCCAGUUAUGAAUUCUUUGGGAACCAGUAUAUUCACCUGCUACAUAUUCCUCGCUGUACCCCAAGCGAUGCUGCCGUCUACCAAAUCUCAGCAAAAAACUCUUCCGGCAUGAUCUGCUGCUCUGCUUCCGUUGACGUGGAGUGCUCGUCUGAGAACCCCCACCUCUCCCCUGACCUGCAAGAUGACAGGGACACAGGUUGGAGGCGGGAAUCAGGGACAUGUGAGGAGGAAUGUGCAAAUCGAAUUGAGGAGAAAGGACCUCUUUCUAAGGAAGAAGAGAGUAUCUUGCCAGCUACUCCCACGGCAGCUGAUUCCUCCCCCUCCAAAUUCAGCCAUUUACGCUCAUUGGCCAGUCAUGACCUUGGCGUAUCCAGUUUUGAAAAUCUCUGGGAUGUUAAAGGAUCAAGGCAAACUGAAGAGGCCAAUGACCCAAAUAAACCAAAAGAAGCUGCAGAUGGGUCACUUUUCCUUAGUUCCAGUGACACUCUCGAAAAGCAAGCUUCGUGUUGCCACAGGACGGUGCAUUCCCAAGUAUCAAGGUUAACGAAUGGUGGCCUCCACAGUGACGGCCUUAAUGAUCAGGUCGCAAACUCCGGUCAUCAAUAUUCCAAAGCGCAGAAAUACAUCAGCCUCAGCCUACCGUUGUCUGAGGGAGCUGCAGGCCCUGGUGACAGGGCCACCGUCAGCAAGCCACUCAGCCCGCAGGCUUCCAGUGAAGACUCUGACAGCGACUAUGAACUUUGCCCAGAGAUAACCCUAACCUGCACAGAGGAGUUUUCAGAAGAUGACCUGGAGUAUCUGGAAUGUUCCGAUGUUCUGACAGAUUACUCUAAUGCAGUUUGGCAAAGGAACCUGCAGGGGACUGAGCAUGUUUUUUUAUUAGAAAGCGAUGACGAAGAGACGGAAUUCGGGGAGAGUGGCCUGGGGGGGUGUGAGCAUUUCCUCAGUGAGAUGGGUUGUGGGCCUUGGGUGUCGGGUGACACUGGGCCUAGGGAUGCCACCGCUGGCCUCUGCGGUUAUCACUCACAAUCCCCACAAGUGGGGCCAAGGAGUGGUGGGGCCUCCGGACACAGUCCCUCAUCCUCCCAAACAGGGAUGACUCUUACUUUGGGACCUCACCAGGAUGGGACAUCGACGGUGACAGAGCAGGGGAGAUAUAAGCUCCCCACUGCUUCUGAAGCUGCUGAAAAUGAUUAUCCAGGAAUUCAAGGAGAAACGAGAGACAGCCACCAAGCAGGAGAGGAAUUCGCCAGUGACAAUCUGCUGAACAUGGAGAAAGCAGCGACAGAGACACAGAGGAAGCCCUUGGCUGGUGAGUUAGAAAAGCCAGGGAUGAACCAGUGUUCGGAGACCCUGAAUGAGAAAAGAGCAGGGGAAACGGACUUAGGGAGCAGGAGGGGCUCCCAGAGACCUGGCAGGGGGAGGCGGCCAGGAAUGAAGGGAAAACCCAAGAAGGCGAUCACCAGCCUCCAAGAACAUGCAACGGAAGGCGCCCUUAAUCCCCUCCAUCCCGCAGAGCCUGCUCAGUGCCCACUAACCCAGAGUGAUAAGAGAGAGACGUCGCAGGCCACAGCAGAAGCUACUGCUCAGGACUCCCACAGUCCCGCAGGAGAAUGUGCUAUUCCCACCCAGGCAGGGGAGGACACCAUGCUGCUUCAAACCCCCACGGACUCACUCCCCAGAAGAGGAGACGCCAACGUCCAUGGCGACGCAGGGAUGCAGGUUGACAGCCUAUUUGAAACAAGCCAGGCUCCAGACCACAGUGAUCAUCCUCAGGUGCAAAUUCAAGAAACAACCAGGGAGCGAAUCUCUCGCAGCCAGACGCCAGCUUUCUCAGAGCCUGCUGGAAAGGAGGCGCCGUUCCCUGGGACCACGACGAAUUCGUCCCCUAGGGUAGCAGGGAUCCAGGAGGCAAGCAUACUGGCCCAACACCUGGAGGUAGAAAGUGGCACUCAAGACCCACCACGUGAAGAAGAAGACAGAGAAAGCAGCACCCUUGGCUGUCGCUGGGAAGCCCUAGAACCUGUCCCAGAAACCACCGAUGACAACGUGUUCUCAGAAGAGCUCUCGGUACAUACCCUCCAGGAGACCCGUGCUGACCACAGGGAGCCCGAGGCUCUCUCUGUUGCCUGCCCUGACCCCACAGACACUGCCCUCCCCCUGGGAAACGCAUGCAAUGGGCCAAAGGACAGAGAAGCCGCGUGUGUGCUGCGGUACCUGGACCAAGGAACAUGUUGUGAAGCCAUGGAGUCUCCUGUUGUCGUGCCGGUUGGUAAAUAUUUGUCUCAAGAAUUUUGCUCCACGGACAUGGAGCUGGUGGGUCAAGACAGAGUGACUGAUUUAUGUCCUCCUGCUGACAAGACACUGGACGUUCUUUCUCGAACACAAGGUUCUGAGAUUCCACAGUCGUGCAAGAGCAGUGAGGGUAGAAACUCAGCCAUAUCCCCUCUUUUUAUAAAUACUUUCAGCUGGAAUAUUUCACACAAGCCCAGUGGAGUUACUGCAGGAGGAGAUCCAGCCGAGGUAGGGAAUUCCACCUGCACGUUGGCCUCCACAGUGCAGGCUGGCCAGGCCAGGCUGAGUCCCAGCCACUCAGAAGGGCUGGAGGAAACGCUACUCCUUUCUUCAGAGAGGGACUCCUCUGAGCAAUUUAAAGAAGGAAGUGAUGAGAGCCCCAGGACCAGUGCCCCAGAAACCCCAGUUACCCCGGACACUUCAGCCAGUCAUGGUUCAAUCACGAAGCUUCCUCAGGAGAAGCCAACAGCAGCAGCGGCUACUACAGAGUGUCUUCAGGUGACCAGCGAGACAGAGGACACAUCAACAAUUACUGCUGCCUCCAAGGCCCAUGCAGUCAAACACCGUGCCGCCUCAGUUGCUGAGAAUGACCAAGAAGAUGAGGAGCACUCACCUCAGACUCCAGAUGAAAAUAUUCCCCGACUUCCUUCUGACAUACAGUUGGGGUACGUUUUAAGUGGUGCUGAAGAGAGGCUUUGCAUGGUGCCCAGAGUACCAGGAAUCGACAGCCAUGUUCCCCAGCUCCCAGAGGAAGAGGGUCUUUGUGGAGAUUUCUCUCUUCAGAUCGAUAAUCAGUCUGCAGAUAAGAGCCUGGUCACGGACAGGGCAGACAAGAGCCUUGGACAGGGCUCCCAAGAAAAAGGAAAUGAAACACAGCAGACGGGCUGGCAGAGGAGCUUGUGCCAGCAUGGUUCUCCUUCUGCAGCCGAUGUCCAGGGAAGGUUGCCCCCCACAUCUGCCGGACAAGAGGACAUGAGCCUGGUGCCCUCAGAUCACUCACCGUCAAACUCUAGGGAAGAGCGAGGGCAGAACGCAGGCCCGAGGACCAGUGUCUCCCUGGUGGCUGAUGCCACUGUGCAAGAGGACAGUCAGGCUCUGAGUAGUAUUCCCUCUCUGUCUAAGAGCCUCUUGGAGGAGUCCCAAGAGACUACAGCAGGAAACUGGGAAGUAGGCAAGAAGCUGAAGAUCAUAACUCUAGAGGCUUCCAGUCCAGAACUCUGGCCACCAGGACAACAGGCAAAUUCUGAGUACAAGGGAUCAGAAGCUGGCAUUCUGGCUCCUAACCAGGCCUGGGCUGUGUCUACCAUUCUGAAGGCCGCUGCCUCCGAACUGGAGCCCUUUGCAAAAGCGCCAUCAGCUCACGGGCCUCACGAUGAGUCCGACUUAGCCCUGGCUGAUGACAAAGGAAUGCGUGAAGGUGGAGGCCCAGACAGAAGCGCACCUUGGUAUGGAUUUUGCUCCCAGCCUUCGAGCCAGUCUGGAUUCCUGGAGUCCUCUGUGGACCCUGUAGAUGGGAAGGAAUUAUAUGCCGCACAUUCAUGCUGGGAGGCUUCUGAAGUGGGAGGGAAGGAGACUGCGAGUCAAGACCAGGAGGAAAACCACCUCAGGGCGCACCACCCUGUCUUCUCUAAGCGGUUUCUGGCCUGCCCCAAACUCCUAGAGUCCUCCGUAGAUCCAGUUGAUGAGACAGGCAUGAUGGAGCAUGCAUGGGUCGAGAAAGCUGAGCCUUCAGGAUCCACGCUGGGGCUCAGCAGAGAGGGGGGGACAUCAGCUGCUGGGAACUUAGGUCGGAGUGUGGAAGUCCAUCCUGCCAUUUUGCAAGUUCCAUGUCCUCAGGGAAGUGGGGAAGCGAUUCUAAGUGAGAACAGAAUCAACAGAAACCAAGAAGACGAGAGUGGGGAGGCCAAGCUAAGUCAGCCUGACGAAGCCUGCGUGGACGUCAGAUCUGCUGCCUGGCAUGCUCCGUGCCCUGAUGGCAGUGGAGAAAGAAUUCCAGGUGGACAUGGCAUUAGCCGAACACAAGAAGGUAGUGACAGAAGCUCAGGGGUGGCCACACCAUGCAAAGAGGACCAAGCAGAACUUGGUUCGCCCAGCUCCCCUCUUCCCAGUUGCCAUGCAGUGCUGGUGCACGCCUCCGUCGGGGUCGACAGGCACAGCAACACAGGCCAGACUCCUGACAUCCCUGCCAAGGCCAUGGUCGAGCCCAGAAACGAUCAGUUCGUGCUUUCUGACCCUCAGGAAAGAGGAACUAGUGACAAUGAGCGUGGGAAACGGUCAUCUACGUUCAGUGAUCUUACGAGGCCGCCGUUUACCUCGUAUCCUGCAGGAAACAUCGCUGGCUUUCCAGUAAGCCAUCCGAUUGAGGAACCUAAAACAGAGGCGUCUCAAACUGAGGAAACCAAACCCCCAGGCCCAUCUGGUAUGCCAGCCAUGACUUUGACCUCUGUUUCAGGAGAAUAUGAGUCAGAGAAAGCCCCGAAACUACUGCAGGACCCAGGGCAAAAGGGCUUCACCCUGGGCUGUGUGAAAAAGUCAAGGGAGAAGAAAUCCUGUCACAUGGCAGCUCAAACUGGCAAAUCGCCAGGGGCCAUGCCAGGAGUGACAGGUUCAGAGGAGGCCAAGAGGAAGCAAGAAACCUCAGGAAGUGGGCAUUUAGCUGAGGGAGUAAAGAAGAAAAUUCUGUCCAAGGUAGCAGCCCUGAGACUGAGAUUGGAAGAGAAGGAAAAUGUCAAAAAGAACUCGGUCUUUCUUAAAAAGAUCCCUAAACUGGAAACAUCGCUAUCACACACAGAUGAGAAAAAAGACCCCAAAAAGUCACCUUGCAAAAGAGAAGGAAAAGCUCCAAUUUUACUGAAAAAGAUCCAUGCUGAGAUGUUCCCUGAUCACUCUGGAAAUGUCAACUUAAGCUGCCAGUUUGCGGAAAUUCAUGAAGACUCUACUAUUUGGUGGACAAAAGAUUCCAAGUCAAUAGCCCAGGUACACAGAAGGGCAGGGGACAACUCAGCUGUUUCUUUGGCCAUCGUUCAAGCCGGCCAGAAAGACCAGGGCCUCUAUUAUUGCUGCAUCAAGAACAGUUACGGAAAAGUCACUGCUGAGUUUAACCUCACAGCUGAAGUUCUCAAACAGCUUUCAAGUCACCAGGAUAUUAAAGGUUGUGAAGAGAUUGAGUUCAGCCAGCUCAUCUUUCAAGAAGACUUCCUCAGUGACAGCUACUUUGGGGGCCAUCUGCGUGGUCAGAUUGCCACCGAGGAGCUGCACUUUGGAGAGGGAGUCCACCGCAAGGCCUUCCGCAGCAGGGUGAUGCAGGGCCUCACGCCUGUCUUCAAGCCUGGCCACGCCUGUGUGCUCAAGGUGCACAAUGCCAUUGCUUACGGGACCAGAAACAACGACGAGCUCGUCCAGAGGAACUAUAAACUUGCAGCCCAGGAGUGCUAUGUUCAAAACACAGCCAGACAUUAUGCCAAGAUCUAUGCUGCUGAAGCACAGCCUCUGGAAGGCUUUGGAGAAGUGCCAGAGAUCAUUCCUAUCUUUCUUAUCCAUCGGCCUGAGAACAACAUCCCUUAUGCAACAGUGGAGGAGGAGCUGAUUGGAGAAUUCGUGAAGUAUUCCAUCAGGGAUGGGAAAGAAAUAAACUUCUUGAGAAGAGACUCAGAGGCUGGUCAGAAAUGCUGUACCUUCCAGCACUGGGUAUACCAGAAAACAAGUGGCUGCCUCCUGGUCACGGACAUGCAGGGUGUAGGAAUGAAGCUGACGGAUGUCGGCAUAGCAACGCUGGCUAAAGGGUACAAAGGCUUUAAAGGCAACUGUUCCAUGACCUUCAUCGAUCAGUUUAAAGCACUACACCAGUGCAACAAGUAUUGUAAAAUGCUGGGGCUGAAAUCCCUUCAAAACAACAACCAGAAACAGAAGAAGCCAGGCCUCGGGAAAAGCAGAUUUCAGACAAACUCCACAACAGCGAAGAACACAGAGUCUGGGACGCCAGCAGAGAAGAAAAGCUAACCUCCCUUAUUAACUUCCGGCCACGCUAGCAGCACCCUGCCCCGUGAGUGAACAUCUGAGACACGCAGGAGCAAGUGCACAGCCCGCCGAGUGUGUGACAAGCCCCGUUCCCAGCUGACUGUGCUCCGAGAUGCUCCUAAGCCUCACUGCUGUCUUCGCUGAGACGAUUUCAGAACAGGAUUUGUGAAGAGACUUCUGGAGAAACAGAGUCACUUGCCCGUCUCAAAGACCGUCUACUCCUUGUGUACACGUUCAGGAUUUUUACCAGCCUCCCGUCACGUGUCUGUGUGUGUAUUUGCACAUGGUUGUGUUGUCAAAAGACUUGAUGGUGAGCAGGGCCUGUCCACAGCCCGAGCCCUUCCUGCCCCCAUUCCUAACUUCGGGAUUUCCACACACAUCCAGCUGCGAUGUGAAGAGAAAUCGUGGGUUCCCUCCGGGGUCCAGUUGUCGCCCUGGUAGCCAAUGUGCUUUUGUUGCUGGAGCAGGCUUCUGAAACGUGAAGCCACUUCCCUUCGUUAUUCACACAGCCAGUUACAAUUUGCUGUUUAACUAAAUUCCUAUAUAAACAAAAAGCGUAUGAUGUGUA